AUGAAGUGGCUAUCUGUCCUGCCCCAGCAGUGUAUUUUGCUGAUGACAUGUCUCCUAAUGGCCUUGGAAGCUGUACCUAUAGACAUAGAUAAGACAAAAGUCAAAGGAGAAGGCCACGUAGAAGGAGAGAAGGUAGAAAAUCCAGAUACAGGACUUUAUUAUGAUGAAUAUCUCAGGCAAGUAAUAGAUGUCUUGGAAACAGAUAAGCAUUUCAGGGAGAAACUCCAGACUGCUGACAUUGAGGAAAUAAAGAGUGGAAAACUAAGCAGAGAGCUUGAUUUAGUAAGCCACCAUGUGAGAACACGGCUGGAUGAACUAAAAAGACAAGAGGUGGCAAGAUUAAGAAUGUUAAUUAAAGCUAAAAUGGAUUCUGUUCAAGACACUGGCAUAGACCAUCAAGCUCUCCUUAAACAGUUUGAGCACCUGAACCAUCAGAAUCCUGACACGUUUGAACCUAAAGACUUAGAUAUGUUGAUUAAAGCAGCUACAAGUGACCUGGAAAACUAUGAUAAGACCCGCCAUGAGGAGUUCAAAAAAUAUGAGAUGAUGAAGGAACAUGAGAGGAGAGAGUAUUUAAAAACACUGGAUGAAGAAAAGAGGCAGCGAGAAGAAUCCAAAUUUGAGGAGAUGAAGAAAAAACAUGGAGAUCAUCCCAAAGUUCACCAUCCCGGAAGCAAAGAUCAACUGAAAGAGGUGUGGGAAGAAGCAGAUGGACUAGAUCCUAAUGAGUUUGACCCCAAAACAUUUUUCAAAUUACACGAUGUCAAUAAUGAUGGUUUCCUGGAUGAGCAAGAAUUAGAAGCCCUGUUUACUAAAGAGCUAGAAAAAGUUUAUGAUCCCAAAAAUGAAGAGGAUGACAUGGUUGAAAUGGAAGAAGAAAGGCUGAGAAUGAGGGAACAUGUAAUGAACGAGGUUGAUAUCAACAAGGACCGGCUAGUGACUUUGGAAGAGUUCCUGCGAGCUACAGAGAAAAAAGAAUUUUUGGAGCCAGAUAGCUGGGAGGUAAUGAGAAUGAGUUCCAAGUGCAACAUACUGUACUAUUACCAUCAUAAACUUAGAAAGAAGGCAGAAGAUCUUCAGAAACAGAAGGAAGAGCUACAGCGGCAGCACGACCAGCUUCAGGCUCAGAAACAAGAGCUUCAGCAGGUUGUUAAACAGAUGGAACAAAAGAAACUACAGCAAGGAAAUCCUCCUGCAGGACCAGCUGGGGAACUGAAAUUCCAACCUCCUGCGGAGCCCAAAGUUGGAGAUGCACCAAAGCAUCCUGCAGGAGGUGAUCAGCCUUUACCACCAGGACAUGUCCAAGAACAGGCUGCUAGAACUGAUCAAGUUCACCCUUAACCACUUGUGCCUCACCUUUAUAGCAUCUUUAUUUCUUGGGGGGGGGUGGGGGGGUGGGCAGGAAAUCAGAGUGAAACAUGAACUCUCCACUUUCUUCCUGAGGUUGUAAAAUCUUGGGGAAUGUUAGAGAUGAAGUAUCAAUCGGAUUUGAAUAAUAAAUUAAACUAAUUUUCUCUCCAGUGCAUCAGUGAGAAACACAACAAGGGGAUCAUUAAGAGGCUAUAAUGGAGAAGGGAAUUAAGAAAACUUAAUACU